AUCACUGAGUCUGACAGCAGCUCCAACUUCACCAACAUUUCAUUGUACCCUGGAUUCGGUGUGCGUCAUUGUUCCAUACGCGCCUCAGACACUGCGCCGUGGAAACUGGGGACUCGUUUCUUAUUAAUGUUGGGGAAACCAACCACUAUCCAUCGACAGUGAUCUACUCCAGCCGGUGUAAUCAGUCGGACUCGGACUUUUCCCUCUCAGGUGAAGUGGAGGCCUCCUGAAAAACAGAAAGUGUGUUGAGGAUGUUGAACAGUGGAAAACUCAGUCACAGUUUCCAAGUGGAUGUGUGUUAAACAAACGAUUAUUGGUCACUGUGGACGCUCUGACAUGGCAAAGAUGAAAACAGAAGGGUGUUGGAUUGUUUCACUCCUGGUGCUGUGUUCUGUCACAGAGCGUUUUGGGGUCGUUUGUGCUCACCAGAAUGAGACGUACGAGGAAGAACCACGGAAUGUGUACCACGACAUCGGAGUCACCAGGAAUAAGAUUAUGACCGCCCAGUUUGAGUGCUACCAGAAAAUUAUGAAAGACCCCAGCCACAAUAAGAAAGGUCCCAUGUGCAGUCGGACCUGGGACGGAUGGCUGUGUUGGGACGACACAGAGGCGGGGAUCACCUCAGAACAGCACUGCCCCGACUACUUCCACGACUUUGACCCUUACGAGAAGGUGACAAAGAUCUGCAAUGAAAAUGGCCUUUGGUUUUCACACCCACAGAGUAACAGGACGUGGACUAACUUCACCCGCUGCAACGAGCACACAAUCGAGAGCAGAGUGACAGCAAUGAACUUGUUCUACUUGACCCUAAUCGGCCAUGGCUUGUCAUUGAUUGCAUUGUUUAUUUCACUGGGAAUAUUUUUCCAUUUCAACAGCUUAAGUUGCCAAAGGAUAACGCUCCACAAAAACCUGUUCUUCUCCUUUGUGUUGAACUCGAUCAUCACCAUCAUUUCAUUGACAGCAGUUGCCAACAACCAGGAGUUGGUACAGCAGAAUCCUGUGAGCUGUAAAGUGUCCCAGUUUAUUCAUCUCUACCUGCUCGGCUGCAACUACUUCUGGAUGCUGUGUGAGGGCAUCUACCUGCACACUCUCAUCGUUGUGGCCGUGUUUGCUGAGAAGCAGCACUUAAUGUGGUACUAUCUCCUGGGAUGGGGAUUUCCAUUAAUACCGGCGACUAUUCAUGCUAUCGCUCGCAGCUACUACUACGACGAUAACUGCUGGAUCAGUUCCAACACGUCCCUGCUGUAUAUCAUCCAUGGACCCAUCUGUGCCGCGUUAUUGGUGAACUUGUUUUUCCUGCUGAACAUUGUGCGUGUCCUCAUCACCAAGCUGAAGGUGACACACCAGGCCGAAUCCAGCCUGUACAUGAAGGCGGUCCGCGCCACACUCAUCCUGGUGCCUCUGCUCGGGAUCCAGUUUGUUCUCCUGCCCUACAAACCCCAAGGACGUGUCUCCUCAGAGGUCUACGACUACGUCAUGCAUAUUCUGAUGCAUUACCAGGGGCUGUUGGUGUCCACCAUUUUCUGCUUUUUCAAUGGAGAGGUGCAAGGUGUGCUGAGGCGACACUGGAAUCAGUACCGCAUCCAGUUUGAUGGAAACUUUGCCCACGCCGACGCCAGGUCCACGUCCUACACGGCGUCCUCCAUCACCGAGGUCCAGGGCUGCUACAGCAUCGACGGACACUCGGAACACUUAAACGGCAAGAGCUACCACGACAUGGAGACCACCAUCUUAAGAACGGAGCACCCGUUCGCCUGAGACUCCGCCCCUCCCGCCGACGGCAUCCCGCGGUGCAGGAGACCGGAGGAUUCCACGGCGAAUGUUGCACAACACACCAGGAAGUCCCCAUUACUUCCUGUAUGCCUAUAUGAACAGGAAGUCCCCAUUACUUCCUGUAUGCCUGUAUGAACAGGAAGUCCCCCUUACUCCUUGUCUGAACAAGAAGUCCCCAUUACACCCUGUAUGAGGAGGGAAAAAAAGGUUUCACUGUCUUAUAUUCUCGCUGAAUGAUGUUGUGUGGCUCAUCGUCACGCAGAAGAAGCAGGUGCUUCGUUUUGACAGGGGGAUCCUUUGAGGACUCUUCAUGACAGGCUGUAGGAAUUAAUAUAUCAUAUGAAGAUAUCAUAAGCUGCUCCUUACUGCUUAUCUCUGAAAGGUAUGUACAUACUCUGGAUGUCUGUCUCAAAGUGAAGCACUGUACUCUCCUCUCCUUUCCGAAAGAGACACCCCUCACCCGUCCUCUUCACAACUCCUCAGGCUUGUGUGAAAGGAACCAUUUCGCUUUUGUGAAGAGCUCGAUACCAAAAAUUCAGACUGGUCCUCUAAUGCUGGUUCAUGCUUUUCAGCAAACAAACAAAAGCAAAAAACAAACAUGGCCGCUAUGGACUAUGAAGUGAGAAGAGAAAGAGGAAGCUUGGGGCAGACAUCUUGAAGCACUGGAUCAACACUUACACUUACACAAUGUGAUAACCUCUCUGUCUUCACUGCCAUUAUUACCUAUCAUCUCCAAGACCCAGGACCUAUUGCCAUGCCAUACUUAACCAGCUCUCAUUUUAUCCUUCUGUCCUUUCCACUUUCAGACGAGUGUUAUUUCAUUUCUGAUAAUAUGAGACAAAGCACUGCAAAAGCUUUUAGGUGUACCGGCUUCAAGUCUAAUUCAUUUUGUUCAUCAUAACAACCCAGAGUUACGUGGGGAGAACAAAGACUUGUGGUGAUUACAGUUUUAAAGCUGAGAGAUAAAUCAGAUAAACUCCAUCUCCACAAAUGUACUGUGGUGUAGUUAAUUAAUAAUUAAUAUUUUACUUGCUCAUAAAAUGUGACUGAAUAUGGAAGGCCUACCAUUGUAGUCUUCUGCUUCAAAAGAUGUGGGUUCUCCUUACUGUGAGCCAUUCAUGUGUAAUUAUUUCAUUUUUAUUCAUUUUUAAGAGAAGUUGGUGCCUUUUUGGUUCUAAACAGUUUUUCUGAUUCAAAUUUGACAGGUGUUUUUUGACCUUGUCAAAAUGUAAGGAUUUAUUUCAAAUUUCCAUUCUAGAAUACAGUUUAUACAGUACAUAUUCAUGCUAUUGUUAAAAAUAAAAUAAAUAUUUUUGCAUCCACUUAUAUAAAAAGGUACACAUGUUAUGUAUUCUGCUGAAGUGGAAUGAUUGUAAUAGGACUAACAUAAUUAAAUCCCAGAGUUUGUGAUUGUGUUCAUAUUCAUAAAUCAUAAGUUAUUUCUAGCAUGAUCAGUAUAUCAUACAUACUAUGUCGUAUGCGUAUGGGGGAAAGUUGACUAGUCUUGCAGAGCAGGCUCAAGGGGGGGGGGGGGGAGAACGUUAGCUAAUUAUCUGGGUUUCAACUGAAGUUGAAUACAAAUAUCUGUAUUACUGGUAUCACUACUUUAUCACUAUUUCUUACUGAGCAUUCGGCAGAUACAAUUGGCCUACUUUAUUCUACCACUGGCUUUAACUUACACACAACUUAUACAUCUUCAAUAUGAAAUUAAUCUUCUAACAUUCCCUCAGGACUUCGAUGUAUGCCCUAUAAAUAUAUGUAAUCUUUAUGUCUGGCACAUAUAUUUAUCUUAUUUCCCUUAAAGUAAUUUCAGAAAAUCUUUUCUUUGAGCAUUCGAGUAAUUCACGUUUAAAUGCUGGAAAGAAAUCUGCUUACACUCACAAAAUUGUAAAUAUGUUUGUAAAUGAAGGAUUAUGUGUGUGUAACAUAUUUAUGUGUAUGCGUAUAUGUGUAUACUGAUAAAAAUACAUUCAACUAUGAGUUAUCGUUUUUUAUUUAUGGGACUAUGGGAGACCGAAUGGAAGUUUUGCUUUGGAAUGUGUUUUUUUCCUGUAAAACAGAAGAGGGUUCUCCCUAUUGGCAGACACCAAGCCUCAGAGUGAUGUUGAUGUUGGAAAAUAUUGCUGUACAAUUGUUUGUAUCGGACUCCAUAUAGCGAAGGAGUUUCAUUACAGAACGAUUGCAGGGUUCAGUAAGUAUGUGAGACCAAUCGGUUUUGGCACGAUGGCUUUCAACAUUGGUAUCUUUCCAGGAAGUGUCAUAAUCUUUGUAUAUUUAGGAGUUAACACAAUAAGACUAAGAAAAAUGGCAUUAUUAUUUUAUUUUUUUCAAAAUAAGGGAAAAUGAAGUUGAAAUAUGAAUGGAAAAUCCAUAGAGAGGACUACUUGCAAGAAUUGCAGUGCCUGCAGAUUCAACUGAAGUUAACAUUGUAAUAUUUUUGUGGUAAACGUAGUGGUAAGGUGUGUACAGUAUAAUCUAAUUUUAUAUCACCGCAAGGUUUGUUGACCAUGUUGCUUUUUUCUGGAGAGCCUACAUCUACGACGUGUUCAUAGGUGUUUGCGUUUGUGUACACUUUGCUGCUCAUCAGUGAGAGAGCUUGUCGAGAGAAGAUGUUGAAAAACAUCAGUAUGAUACUGUACUGUAUUUCAUUGAGAUCUUGAUCUGACGCUUGGACUCUUCUCCCUAGUGUGUGAAUGUACAAUUUGUGUAUUUUAUUCUUUUGAUGUUGACAUAUAUUUCUGGCCAACUGUUUAUUACUGAAUGUGGGCAGUCUUGCAAAUAAAGAACAUUAUCAGCUAACAA